GUUCAUUCGUUGGAUCUUGAGCCAGUAAUGACCAUUGACCAACAGUUCUAGUUUUUUAUCAAUUGGUUUGAUAUUGAUAUCGAUUUGUUAGUAAAUUCUGGUUUGUAAUUGUGAAUAUGAAAGAACAAGACUAAUGAACGAAUUUGAUGAAUUUCAUUCAUUGGAUUUUAGCACGAAAAACAAAAAUUCUAAGCAGGCCAAAGACAAGCAAAGUUGUACUUAUGAUCAAUUACAACCAAUCACGUAGUACUACCUGUGGAAAAGUGAUUUCAUGUCGAGCUUGACGAUAGAUCGUCGUCCAUGAUCUUCGUAUAUUUCACCGCAUUGUCGUGGUAUUCAUAUUGCUAUAUUUUUUCGAAAAAGCCAAAACGUCACUCACAUGAGAAUGGCGUUGCAACGUCCGUGAUUCUUCACUCUUGAAGGGGGUGCUACAAGAACAAGGUGGAUCGAGAACAACCUCGUCUAGCACCGCAUGGCAAGGUUUCCUGCCAUGGUGCCACCUCGCAAGAGGACUACGACGACGACCACUUACAAAAUUAUAAACUGAAUUUUUGUCUUCGACUUCGGGGAGAGUAGAAGAAGCGACGACGGAGAUAGUGAAGUACUAGGAGACGGUGGCAGAUUCUUCUUGUUCUCGUCUUCUACAACAUUGAAAAAGCCUGCGAUUUUCCGUAUUAAGAGCAAAAGAAGAAGAUUCUGCUUCUGCAGAAGGCGUGCGAUACCGCAGGAGAAGCUUGAGGGGCUCAAGCCUAUUCUUCAAGUACAAGUGGUUUGUUUCAUCUUCAGGAUUAGAAGAUACAUUUUGGAUCCAUCAGGAACAAUAUGGCAGGCAAGAUGAUGGACGACGAGUCGCUCAUGAGUGACACAAGUAGGACGACGGUGCCGUCCACGCCGUCCUCCAAUGGAAGUGAUGACGUAGAUUUUUCGUUUGCAAUCUCUACUCCUGAACUAAAGAUCAAGGAGGUGAUGAGGAGCCCGAGCAGUGGAUACAUGAUGCAGCGGGCACCCUGUGCAGCACGCAAGAAAAAUGCGGAGCAUGAUCACGGUGGACCGUUCUUUCCGCAUUGGUUUCCCUCGGUUGCGGGGGACACAAACUAUGGAACCCGUUCAGAAGAAAUGCGGAAGCUACCGCAGCAACGCCAGAAACGUCAAAAGUUCAACAAGACAUCCUUCUGUGUCUCGUCCGACGAGCAACGCGACCGCUCGACUGGGUUCCCGAUCUGCCUGCCGCCAGGUCAGAUUCGCAGUGGCCGCACGCUGCGAGGGAAGAUGGGGUACUUAGUUCGGCUGCCCGCAGACUUCGAUCCUACGAAAAAAUAUCCUCUCCUCGUCUAUUUCCACGGAGGAGAGGCCGCAGCCGACGUUUCGCUUCCCGAUGAAGUACGGCAAAAAGGUCACGACCCGGACGAUCCGUGGAACCUGGUGAACGCAAAUAUUCUGGCCUUCGAGAAGGGUUGCAUCUUUCCUCUCGUCGCAGGUGGUACAAACGGGUUUGCGUCUUCGGCCGACGAUACUAUCGACCUCGCGAUGCAGGAGAAAGCCAAAUGCGGGAAUAAGAGAAUAAAUAGCCUAAGCUGUUGUAAGGCACUCGCGGAAGAACAACUUCAGAGCAAGAACCAUGCCACGGAAAUGGAGAAGGACAACUUGCCUUUGGCCGGCGACUGUGUCAUGGUAGCACCACACGUGAAGCACGGGCAGCUGGAUGACGAUAAUGGUUGGUGGCAGUGGAAUUAUCCUGACGCGGUGGAAAAUACCUUGGAUUUGAUGGAUCUCUUGAUCAACAAGGGGGUCAGCGUGCGGCUGACGCCUCCAACGCGGGAAAGCAAGCGAAAGUCGGCAUGUCGACGACGAAAAGAUGAAUUUGUCGAUUACAAUGUAUUUUCUGGGAGGGAAACCGAUGAUUUUGAAACUGGUGCCCAUACCAGUGAUGCUGGGAGCGAGCAGUUCCAGUUGAGGCACAAAAUUCAGAUAGACUCAAAACGAAUUUUCUUGACGGGAAAAAGUGCCGGAGGGACUGGGUGCAUCUCCACCGCGUUGGCCAUUAAUGGCUACGACCAGGUUGGCUGGCCGAAUAAAUUCUGCAACUACCACAAAACCCUGUGUAGAAGAUGGAAGGUUGCUGGGAUAAUCGCUGUUUGUCCCAAGUUCGGGCGUAACGACGCAGAUGUACACCAGCUAUCCCACCGGGGAGCUUGCGACUCGCCACAACCGUCGCCCGAGCAGCACGAGCUCGACCGUUGGCUAGGAAAACCCUACUACCCGCCGCUGGACCCCGAGUCCUUUAUGGAGGUGGACGACGCGAGUCGUGGCUGCGUCCUAGGACAAAGGAAAGCGCCGCUCAAUUGCAGCGGUAACACGACUGCAGCGACACAACCGGGGUCCGACGACGACGACGACGACGAUCACACCAAUGGCGUCGCCGUGCCUAAAAGCGCGGGAGGCAAGUACACAAGCGACGACGCUACGCGACGAAUUCAGUUCCUGUUGCGAUUGAGGAUCCCUGUUUGGGUUUUUGUCGCUGAAGGAGACAAAUGGCACGCAGAGGUUUACGCGGACCACUUUUUUGAUACGUGUACAGCGGCUUUGGUUGAGAAGAAAUUGGAUUCUGCUGCUGUAGAAGUGUCCAAAGCCACAAAGGAGCAAAUGCACGACAACAUCCCGGUGGAUUAUCAGUACUUGCGUGUAACCACGGAGGACUUUUCUGGCCGAGCCGACGCAAAGCGUGUACAAGAGAUUCGUCUAGCGUCAACCGGAGAAACGCGUGUGCGCUAUACGAGAUACUACAAGGAGUGCAAUUAUGGACACGCAAGCUGGCUUGGCGCCUAUCAGGAUCGAGGCAUUCGUGACUGGUUUACAUCAUCGGCGCGCCUGGGCACUGGCUACGCUGGUGAGAUGCUAGAGGACACCGGUGACUGGCGUUUUUUCCAAGCUUUUUCGUGCUGCGAGGACGAGCAUGAGUACCAGCCGACUACGAAAAAGUCGAAAUCAAAGCGUUGA